UAUAUAUAUAUAUAUAUAUAUAUAAGAGUUCAUUAACUUCAUUUUAUACAUACAUCUUGAGGGGAGAGAGAGGGAGAGAGAGGUAACCGUGUUAAGAGUGAUGGCUGGAUACAGAGCUGAGGAUGACUAUGAUUACCUCUUCAAGGUGGUUCUGAUCGGAGACUCAGGUGUUGGCAAGUCCAAUUUGCUUUCAAGAUUCACUAGAAAUGAGUUCAGCCUUGAAUCCAAGUCCACAAUUGGCGUUGAGUUCGCAACCAGAAGCUUGAAUGUCGAUGGCAAGGUCAUCAAGGCUCAGAUUUGGGACACUGCUGGUCAAGAAAGGUACCGAGCCAUCACUAGUGCCUACUACCGAGGCGCUGUGGGCGCAUUGCUUGUGUACGAUGUUACCCGACACUCCACAUUUGAGAAUGUGGAGAGGUGGCUAAGGGAGUUGAGGGAUCACACCGAUCCUAACAUAGUAGUCAUGCUAAUCGGGAACAAGUCAGAUCUCCGACACCUAGUGGCAGUGUCAACCGAGGACGGCAAGUCAUUUGCCGAGAGGGAGUCCCUCUUCUUCAUGGAAACCUCGGCUCUUGAAGCCACCAACGUCGACAAUGCAUUCGCCGAAGUUCUCACUCAGAUCUACCACAUUGUCAGCAAGAAGGCCAUGGAGUCCGCCGAAGACGCGGCUGCCACCACCGUGCCCUCGAAAGGCGAGAAGAUCGAGGUGGGGAAAGACGUGACUGCGAUGAAGAGAGCUGGCUGCUGCUCGUUCUAGGAAUCUGAUUGCUUUGAGGUGGGGAUGCGGCCUCUUUGUUCUGCUGCUGCAUCUGUUUUAGUGUACACCCUGAUCAUUCUGUAAAAUUAACUCAAAAAAUAUAUGCCUAAAUUAGGAGGAGGAGGAGAUGACGAUGACCAUCUGUUAUCUGUUAUCUUUUAUUUCUAUUUUAAAUUCUUUCAUCAUUGUCAUUUGUCUAUCGGACCAAAAAGCUUGUUUAGGGACAUUAUAUUGUAUUUAUUUCGUUUGUUUGACAGAGGUAGCUAAAAGCCCAGAUUUCCAUUGAAUUGUGGCUAAUCAACUAGUGCUUUGUUUUA